AUCUUCUCCAUCGUGGUGUUUGGCUCCAUCGUGAACGAGUGCUACGUGAACAUGGACAGCGGGGACCCCGAGCUGUACUGCAUUUUCAAUAAGAAUGAGAGUGCCUGCAGCUACGGCAUCGCCGUUGGCAUCAUUGCCUUCUUUGGCUGCAUCUUCUUCUUUAUUGUGGACCUCCACUUCCAGCAGAUUAGCAGCGUGAAGGACCGCAAGCGGGCUGUCCUGCUCGACCUCGGCUUUUCAGGUUUCUUGUCCUUCCUGUGGUUUGUAGCCUUCUGCUUCCUAGCAAACCAGUGGCAGCGGACAACGAUGAGCAAAGGAGUUUUGCAAGGAGCAGACGCCGCCCGGGCAGCGAUCGCCUUCUCUUUCUUCUCUAUCAUUGUCUGG